CCGGCCUCGGCCACUUGUGAUUACAAAUGGAAGAUCGAAGUAAGAACACGUCACAGCGACUGCCACCAAUCAUUUUGGAUCGAAAACGGAGUUGUUGGGGCAGAUUUUGUGAGAUAAUAGGCAUGGUUUCCCAUCUAGUUGCAAUUUCAUUUACAGGGUUUAUGAUAUACCUAGCGUGGCCCUUGACAAAUCUUUUUUCAUGGCACCCCAUCUUAAUGUCAAUCGCUUUUGCCUUCUUGAUGUCAGAGUCCAUCAUGUUUUUUUCAUCAGAGAGUACUCUUAUCCCUAAGAUCAAUCGUAAAAGUAAGGUCAGCUAUCAUUGGAUCACCAUGACAACAGCCAUAGCCUGUGCCCUGAUCGGAUUCGCUAUCAUCUUCAUAAACAAAGUCCUUCAUGACAAGCCUCAUUUCAAAUCAUGGCAUGGUACCAUGGGAUUGAUUGUCAUAAUUUACAUGUGCAUACAAGCUUUUGGCGGAGCGUUCCACCUUUUCCCCAAGUUUACCAGCAAGUUUGUGAAGCUGGCGGACUUGAAACUGUAUCAUGCUACAUCUGGUCUCUGCCUGUUUAUUCUUGUAAUAACAACGCUUGUACUGGCACUUUACUCCAACUGGAUGCAGCAGAAGGCAGGAGAAACAGGAUGGUACUUCCUACUCGGAUGUCUGAUGUGGUUGACUACAGUUAUUACAAACCAGGUGACGACAGAAUACCUUCCUAGGGCAUUAAAGAAGCCUUCCUCUCAAUAUUGAUAUAUUGAUUUGCAUUAUAUCGUUAACUGAAAGACCCAGAUCCAGCUAAAAGUGAAAGCUACAUAGUACAACAAUGUAAGUUUUAUGCAUAUUCUAAGUAUCACCCAGUUUUUCUAUGUAAAAACCUAUAGAAUCACAACGUUCUCAGUCUCACUACAUGACAUCAGUCUUCAGUCCGGUGGAAAGCAAAAUAUAAUUUAUUUUUUUAGCCUAUUAAUUGAAUCUAUUCUUAAUCAAAAUAGUCAGCUGAGAAGCGAUGAAAAUGCAUAAACUUUGUACUUACGUGUUUAGUAAUAACUUUAGAUAGUAUAUGCUUUUUCAGUUUCAUGUUUUGGUCUAGCCAGGGUCUUUAAAGGGGGAGUUCACCCUGAAGAAAAGUUUGUUGUAAAUAUAGCAGAAAAAAUAUUGGUUAAGUUUUGAGGAAUAUCCGUUAAAGAUUAAGAAAAUUUGGAUUUGUGACGAGCAUAUACGAGCAGCUGCCCCCUAUGUUGUCAUUAUGUCCUUGUUUAGAUUGUAUUUUAGUCCUUAUUCACUUGUGAAAUAAUGUAUCAUUUGAGUAACAGCAAAGAAAAUUUUAAAAAUGCAAAGUUUUCCUAUUUUAUCAUUUAUGAUUUAUAAUUUCAAUUAAGAUGUGAUAGUUAAUCUUUUUUUUUCAUUUUGAAAGGAUAGCCUGUAUACCUCUAGGCCUUCUUUUAACUUUGAAAUGAUCUUCUGGAAUAUUAUGUGGUAAAAGAGUGUAACACACAUGCAAGAAGUAAAAUCCCGCUCAAUCAUAUCAAGUUUGUUAUUCAACAGGAUCAUGUUGUACUACAAAUUUACAUCCUAGUUAGAUGCAUAAAACAUGUACAUUUAAAGAGUAGUUUAGUUGCAUAGAUGAACUAUUUAUGUAAUUGAAGCUGUGUUCUUGUAGACUGAAAUGCUUGAUGUACAUAUCACUGAAGCCAUUUUUAAGUGAUAUAUAUGUGCCAAUUGACUGAGCAAAUAACUGUUAAUGUAUUGUAUUUAGGGAGUCUUGGGAGUCUUUGUUCAAAUGUUCAACAAAAUAAAGCCAGUAACGUAGCUUUUUCAUUCCUUUGUCUUAUAAGUGAAUACAGAUGGACAAAAUAACAUAAAGUGCUAUAUGCAAAGGUGUGAUUAUUGUUAUCAUUUGUUACCAUUGUGAUUAUCAUCAUCUUCACGAUCGUCAUCUCCAUCAUCAUCAUCAUCCUUACCAUCAUCAUUACCAUCAUCACCAUCUUCAUCACCAUCAUUAUCAUCAUCAACAUAUAGUCAGGCAGCAUAUUUCAUGAUUUACCGGCUACUUCGAAAAAUUGGCUAAGUCUGAUUUUUCACUUUUAUGUGAUUGGUGACAUUACAAGGAACAACUUUCAACUUGGUGACAAAUUUCUAAUGGUCAUUUGUCACCAAAUUGAAAGUUGUUCCUCGUGAUGUCAGCAAUCACAUAAAAGUGAAAAAUCAGACUUAGCCAAUUUUUCGAAGUAGAUGACAUAUCCUGCCUGACUAAUAUCAGUGGAUGAAGAUAAUCCUCUAAUUGAAAAUAUUAAGUCUUGUAUAAAUGACAUUCAGAACAGGCAAGUUUUCUCCUUGUAAUCUAUCUUUAUUCAAGAUAGAGUAUUAUUAGUAGAGUUACUUGGUUAGAACAUUCUGCACAUACAUGUAGAUAAAGAUACAAGGUUUGAUGUGAGUGGUUAGGAAUCCUUAGGAUAAAUGUGAAUGUGCGUACAACCAUUGAAAUUUCUUAUAUCACUACUUGAAGGAAAUCUGAAUUAUUCAAUGUUUUCCUAUAUUUCCAUUUGAUUUAUUCUUUAUCAAUGUAUGUGAAGUAAUUGAUUUUUUUGUCUCACCUGCGAAGCAGAGUGAGACUAUAGGCGCCGCUUUUCCGACUGCAGCGUCAACACCAAAUCUUAACCGAAGGUUAAGUUUUUGAAAUGACAGCAUAACUUAGAAAGUAUAUGGACCUAGUUCAUGAAACUUAGCCAUAAGGUUAAUCAAGUAUUACUAAACAUCCUGCCUUAGUUUCAGGUCACAUGACCAAGGUCAAAAGGUCAUUUAGGGUCAAUGAAUUAAGACCAUGUUGGGGGAAUCAACAUCCAAAUCUUAACCUAAGGUUAAGUUUUUGAAAUGUCAUCAUAACUUAGAAAAUAAAUGGACCUAGUUCACGAAACUUGGACAUUCAAGUAUUACUGAACAUCCUUCUUGAGUUUCACGUCACAUGACCAAGGUCAACGGUCAUUUAGGGUCAAUGAACUUUGGCCAAAUUGGGGGUAUCUGUUGAAUUACCAUCAUAACGUUGAAAUAAUAGUAAUGAAGUAUCACUGAACAUCCUGUGCAAGUUUCAGGUCACAUGAUUAAAGGUUAAAGGUCAUUUAGGGUCAAUGAACUUUGGCUAAGUUGGGGGUAUUUGUUGUUGAAUUACCGUCAUAACUUUGAAAGUUUAUUGGUCUAGUUCAUAAAACUUGGACAUAAGAGUAAUCAAGUAUCACUGAACAUCCUGUGCGAAUUUCAGAUCACAUGACCAACAUCAAAGGUCAAUGAACUUUGGCCAUAAUGGGGGUAUCUGUUGAAUUACCAUCAUAACUUCGAAAGUUUAUGGAUCAGAUACAUGAAACUUGGACAUAAGAGUAAUCAAGUAUCUUUGAACAUCCGGUCCGAGGUUCAGGUCACAUGACCAUGGUCAAAGGUCAUUUAAGGUCAAUGUACUUUGGCCAUGUUGGGGGUAUUUGUUGAAUUACCAUCAUAUCCGUGUAAGUGUAUUGGUCUAGUUCAUAAAACGUGGACAUAAGAGUAACCAAGUAUCACUGAACAUCUUUUGCGAGUUUCAGGUCACAUGACAAAAGUCAAAGGUCAUUUUAGGUCAUUUAACUUUGGCCAUUUUAGAGGUAAUUAUUAGAUUGCUGUCAUAACUUUCAAAGUCUAUAGAUAUAGUGUAUAAAAUGUGGAUAUAGGGGUAAUCAAGUAUCACUAACAAGUUUUAGGUCACAUGAUCAAGGUCAAAUAUCAAUGAACGUAGUAUUGUAUCAUUAUAUGAAUGGUGUUUUUUGUUUAAUAAUUAUUUUAUAGUAGUUUUCAAAGUCAGCACUGCUGCUAUAUUGAAUCACGUGAUGCAGGUGAGACCGCCAGAGGCAUUCCACUCGUUAAGAAUCUGUCUCUCCCCUCGAGUGUUUCAUUACAACUCAAGUAUUUAUGAAAUAAACUAACUACUGCACCUAAUUCACUUGUUCAGUUAGUA